AUGCCGGAAGACGAAGCGCACCUGAACGGCCACUCGAAAAGGCUAUCCGAUGAGAGAACACCGCUCCUCAAGCACCCCCCACCACCGGCAACCUCCAACGCAGCCCCGGAAGCACUCGACGCUGAUCAAGCCCAGAGCUCGCCACCAAGUGAUGGCCACACAGGCCCCAAUCAAUCCCUCACCUGGAUCCGUGGUAUCGUUGUCACGCUCGCACUAGGCUUCCUCAUCUUCCUCCAAGCAACAAACAUCUCGCUUCUCACCACCACCCAAAGCGCUAUCGCCGGCGAGCUAGACGCCUUCGAGAAGACGACAUGGUUCACCUCCGCCUACCUCAUCGCCAUGAGCGCGCUGGGUCCACUCAACGGCAAACUGGCGUCAGUUUUCAGUCCGCGCGUCUGCAUCUUCGCUUCCACGGUGGUGCUCGCGAUAGGAAGUCUGCUGAGCAGCGUUGCCAAUUCCUUCGAAACCUUCAUCGCCGGGAGAAGUUUGACUGGUGUCGGGGCUAGCGGCAUCUUCACCAUCUCCAUCAUCAUCGUGCUUGAGCUCACGGGCUCGAAGAACAGGGGCCUAGCGAUAGGCGUGCUGAACUCUGGCUACACCUGUGGUGUCGCUGUCGGAGCGACAGCUGCAGGCGCAUUACUAGGUCCGAUCGGGUGGCGAGCGCUGUUCUGGAUGCAGGCACCAAUUGCACUCGUUGGAGGCACGCUGUUACUUCUCGCCAUCCCUAGCGACUUCACGAGCGGCAAGAAAGAAGUCAGCGAUGAAGAAAGCAACGUGUGGCAACGCCUUGCUCGACUGGACUACUUCGGUGCCCUCACGCUAACAGCAUCCAUCGUCCUACUGCUCUUCGCCCUCUCCUCGCCACACAAGAUUCCAAUCUUGCCCAUCAUACUCUCAGCAGUCGUUCUGGUCACGUUCGUCCUGAACGAGGUGUACCUGGCCUCAGAUCCAGUCAUCCCCAUUGCGCUUCUCAAAUCUCGCGGCCUCCUACUCACCUGCCUCGGGACUGUAGGGUAUAUGAUGGCGCGCUGGUCGGUCCUUUUCUACGCCCCGACCUACGCCCUUGCCGUCCGCCAAUGGACGCCUGCGACAGCCGGCAGCAUCCUCAUCCCCACUAAUGGCGGCUUCGCCAUCGGCGGGCUGAUGGUGGGCUGGUUACACAUCAGGCGGAAGGGAUCGUUCUACAUUCCGUCGGUUGUGGUCUAUGCUCUAUUCCCUGUCACACUCGUGGCGUUGGCCGCUUUGUCGACGGAGCUCUCUAGCCCAGUGCUGUAUGUGCUCGUGGUGUUUGCUUGCGGAGCGGUUACUGGAGCGGCGCUAAACUACAACCUUGCACAUCUCCUUCAUCUGACACCGAGCAGCACGCACUAUAUCGCCACCUCGCUACUAGCUACUUUCAGAGGCUUCGCUGGCUCCUUCGGCUCUGCGAUCGGUGGCGGGCUCUUCCAGCGGAAGUUGUAUACUUCGCUCACGGACGGCUUCGCUGAGGAAGGUCUGCGACACAGAGAAGAUUUAGUCCGAAGACUGCUGGGCUCGCCUGCCUUGGUCGAGCAAUUGGGCGGCGCGGAGAGAGAAGUUGCUAUACGUGGCUAUGAAGAUGCGCUUAGGACGUUGUUCCUAGCGGGAGCGGGAUUGGCGUUGCUCACGGUGUUUGUCCAGGCUGGAACUGGGUGGCGUGCUGCGAAGGAAGAGAGCGAGGUGGUGCCUGUUCCAGCAGAGGAUCGGCGAACAUCGACACGAGAUGAUGAUGAAUGA